GCUCCGGAUAUCUGUGGUGACUUAUCCACUCUCGUGCAGCAGCAUGUGGCAGCUGCUGCCACCAACGGCUUUGCUACUUCUAGUUUCAUCUGGCACACGAGCUGCAGAUCCCUCCAAGGCUGUGGUGAGCCUAGACCCUCAAUGGAACAGGGUGCUCAGGAAUGACAAGGUGACUCUGAAGUGCCAGGGGACUUACCCCCUUGGGGACAAUUCCACACAGUGGCUUCACAAUGGAAAGUUCAUCUCAAACCAAUCCCCCAGCUACCUCAUUGCGGCUGCCAGAAUUGAGGACAGUGGAGAGUACAGGUGCCGGACAGGCCUCUCUGCGCUCAGUGACCCGGUGCAGCUAGAAGUCCACACAGACUGGCUGUUGCUCCAGGCCACUCGGUGGGUGUUCCAGGAGGGGGAGCCCAUUCGGCUGAGGUGCCACAGCUGGAAGAACACCCCUGUGCAUAACGUCCAAUAUUUCCAGGAUGGCAGAGGCAAGAAGUUUUUUCAUGAGAAUUCUGACUUCUACAUUCCAAAUGCAACACGAGAACACAGUGGCUCCUACUUUUGCAGGGGGCUUAUCGGGAGAAAAAAUGAGUCUUCAACGGCUGUGAAUAUCAUCAUUCGAGGUCCAGCAAUUCCAUCCAUCUCACCACCCUCUCUACCUUGGCACCAAAUCACUUUCUGCCUGCUAAUGGGACUCCUGUUUGCAGUGGACACGGGGCUGUACUUCUCCGUGCAGAGAGACCUUCGAAGCUCAAAGGGAGACUGAAGAAAUGGCAAAGUCACAUGGAGCCAGGGCUCUUAGGACAAAUGUAAUAAAAGCAGCAUCUCUGCACCUCUCUCUGGAUUCACAACCCUGUCAUCCCCAACACGCAUCUCUGGGAGCAGAAGGAAAACUACACCUCAGAGUCUAUCCUGAGGGUCCUUCACCCAACUGCAUUUUCUUUUAGUCUCCAAUGGAAAGAAAGGGCCUGUGAUCUUCAAGAGCCAACAGUGAAGCCCCACUGAGUAGCUGCAUUACCAGGAAUUGAAGUGUCAGAGCUACACAGAUACUUUCUUUGUCCCAACCAUUCAUCACAGCAAAGCAACAAUACAGACUCUGGAUGGUGACCCUUGAUGUAUGAACAUUGUUCUGAAAUAACUGGAGAAGUAGGUAAGAAAAUUAAUGGUUGAGGGCCAGCUGGGUAGUUGUCUGCAUCUACUGCUGCAAGGCUAGUUGCCUUCAAGGCACCCUAAAACUCUUUCCAGACAGACUGUGGGGACUGCUUGGGGUCUAAGGGAGACAGCAGAAUGAAUGAAGGGGGUGGCUGGGAAAGAGCAGGGUAGUCCAGGACAGACCAGAGGAGAAACCCGCCUAGGCUGUCUUCCUAGAACAUGAGCCAUGGUGGAGGUAAGAGAAGAUCACAGGGGUGAUGUAGAAUUGAGUUUUUCAGGGGAGGCCUUGCCAGAAUUGGGGUGGUCUGGGAGUCUAUAAUGAUGAACCCUUUUAAUGUCAUGAGUAGAAAAUGGUCCUAGGAAGAAGGCUGGAGAUCGGGGGGAUUUGGACAAGAAAGCGCAGAACAAACCCUGUGUCCAUACGAAGGAAAGCAGCAUUGCCAUCCCAGAUUAAGCUCAGUGAACAGAGAUAUGUCAGCGUCAGAACUGAGAAAGAAUGACAAGAAAGAGUCAACCACAACUGCACAGGAAGGAACGGGCAGGAGGUGAGGACGCUUUUGUUGGCCAGGAUAGUAAGAAUGAGCGAGAGGAGGGGUGGGGACUAUAAAACCUGUUUUUCCGCUUCAGUAUCAAGUUCAGCUAUAGCUUUGUUCAUAUUAUUCAUUAAACAAAUGUUGGAUAACCAACACUAAAUGUACUACAUUCCACCGAGUUAAAUUAUGAAACUUUGAAACCCCUCAGCAUGUCAGUAACAAUGGAGUGGGGAUGGAGAAGUCAAUUGUUGCUUGUGGAGGAAAACAUUAGCACUAUCUUUCUGUUUUAGAAGCUGUAAACAGAUCAUUUCUUGAUUCCAAUAAAGCAUUUUACAAGA